AUGGAUCCUACCUUAUUAAUGAGAGCUGCUGAGGAGGCUGAGUUACGAGAGCUGGAAAACAAGUACAAAGCAAUAACAAGAAAGACAACCGACACAUCGGAUGAAGGUAAAUCAGUACAGCAACUCCCAAAAUAUUUUGCUUUGCAACGAUUCAACCCAAGUUCUUCAGACCCCAAAACUGGAGCAUAUCUGCGGUGUGUACAAGAUCAUGAGAUUUUAGAAUAUGGAUUCCUCAAAGUCUCUGGGAAAAGUGUGCUGAGUCCUUAUUCGAAGAUGGAAUCCGAGGCGUCCGAGUCCAGCCCCAAGCACGUGCACAUAAGAUACUGUAACAACAAUAAAUACUGGGUUCGACAGUCGCCUGACUCUUUCUACAUUGUGACUGCUGCAGCAGAGAAAGAAGAGGACCGAUCCAAAUGGAACUGCACCUUGUUCUCUGCCUUCUACAUGCAUCACGGCUCCCACGAGGUGUUUGGCUUAAACCAUGUGCAGCUCGGCUUGGCCGUGCUGUAUCGAUCCUAUGAUUCCAAUGACUUUUUGAAUUGCCUCUCGGCCGAGGACAAGUCUAUACCCGUUGAUGUUAAUAAUUUCUACUACCUCUCGGAAGAUUCAUUCCACGCAUUUGUGGACUGGGAUUCAUUAUUUAUAUUCCCAAAGCACGUCACCUUUAAGGAUGUUGAAGAUUCAUCGCUUAUCCAUGAAAUCUUCCCUCAGAAUGAUGGAACUAUUCGUAUCAGGAAUGUCGGUUCUCGAAAGUUUUGGAUUCGUGAUCCUAAUUGGAUACUCGCUCUAGCAGAAGGAGGCAGUAAGGAUGAUCCCAACACAUUGUUUAAGCUAGUGAAAGUUGAUCACAACAUCGUGGCUCUUCAUGCCCACAUGGAAGUCUURCAAGCUGUAGUAUCCAGAAAAAUAGAAAACAUUGAGUAUUGCAUAAAUGAUGCCAAAAUCUAUGGCGAGAGGGUUUGGUCAAUGGCCAAAGGAGAUGCCACAAACAAAACCAACGCAGCCGACAUUGUCCAAUUCACAUUCACUUUUGAGGACAAAAGGAAGAACAGCUGGACCAACACAUUGGGUGCCAGAUUUGGUGUCUCAAAAACAUUCUCUACCGGGAUUCCAACCAUUGGAAAUGGAAACAUUAGUGUUUCCUUUGAGGGUGGUGCAGCAUAUUCAUGGGGAGAAACACAUAAACAAAAAAUGUUGAUGUCCUGCACCAGCACUGUGACGAUACCUCCAAUGUCGAAAGUGAAGAUGAAUACGGUCGUAAAACGGGGGUUUUGCGAUGUCCCGUUUUUGUAUACUCAGAUUGACACGCUCCGAGAUGGACAACAGAUCUCCCGGGAGUACGAGGACGGACUUUUCUCUGGCUUCCAUUCCUACGACUUCUAG